UUCACACCUAUGCUUCCUAAAUAUUAUCUUGUUGUAUUUUUUUGCAUGUAUAAAGUGACACUUUCCUCCUCCCACAAUACUAGGUAGCACCUCCCCUGUCCUUGACCAGAAAGAUGGCGACUGCAACUAAAUUCAUCCAGAGGUUAAGGAAUUGGGCGUCUGGGCAAAAUCUUCAGGGUAAACUACAACUGCGUUAUACUGAAAUCGCAAAAAGGACACAGCCACCUCCAAGUUUGCCAGUAGGACCCAGUCACAAAUUAGCAGCCAACUAUUACUGUACAAGAGAUGGCCGCAGAGAAACUAUGCCCCCUGCUGUCAUAAUGUCACCAUACAAGGCCCUAACUCCUGGGGUUCAUGCAGCCAGUUCUGACACAGCAGUUGCAGUACCCACAAAAAAGCCAGUGACUCCUGGACCUCCAGCUCCAAAAUUGGAAUUAUCUACAGAUGAGCCUUAUCUGUGAAAAUGUAUGGGAGAUAUUUACUGUGACUGUGUAUUCCAAGAACAAUGGCCUCAUUACUAAACAAUUUGUGUAAAUAUUCUCCAGUGGAUGAAACCUUUUUGUUUCCUUGCUUGUUUUCUUUCCUACAGAGGUAACUAAACUUAUUAAAAUUAUAUCACAGA